CAUGGUGGAGCUGAAAGUGUGGGUGGACGGGAUUCAGAGGGUCAUCUGUGGUGUGACAGAGUCCACCUCUUGUCAGGAUGUAGUCAUUGCUCUGGCCCAGGCCACAGGAAGGACAGGGAGAUUUACACUCAUAGAAAAAUGGAGAGACAAUGAAAGAUUGCUCUCCCCUUCAGACAAUCCUCUGAAAAUCCUUCACAAGUGGGGGGAGUAUGCUCAUGAAGUGCAAUUUGUUUUACGUCAAAGACAAGAAGGCAAACAGAGGACUGAUAAGUUUUUACACAAUUUCACACCACCACCCUCCCAUGGUAGUGUUGGCGGAGGCAACAGUGCAACCAGUAUCAAAAAAUCCCUAACAUUCAGUGGUGCUCACAACUACAGUUUUCAAACCAAACCAAGUGCAAGAGUCCAACCUCGUCAUGCUAUACAAGAAAACUCAUCUCUGGAGAGUCUGGAGGAGGAACCAAGUGCCUCGGACAUUCCUCUCUCAAAACACUCUACAGAAAACAUCAGUACAUCUUAUGCCAAAUCAGGAGGCCCACCCUCAUCAUCCUCGUCAUACUCCUCUUCUCCAUACAGUAGUUUGGACAAAAAACAUUAUCAAGGUGCUUUCCAGCGAGUGACAAAUUCAAGUGCAACUAAUUCCACCCUUGGUGGAGGACAGAGCAGCGGUCAGCCGCAAACUUCUGCCCUUUUCAGGUCCCGCAAUCAGCCGUACCCAGGGGUGGGAAGGUCCCCUGUGGCCAGUAUCGCCCCUCAAGUGGGAGGAGGAAGUUGGAACCAUGGGCACUCACACACCCCUAGUCCUUUGACUGACAUAGAGAAAAGUCCCCAAGAAUUUGCUCAGUUUGAUCAAAAUCAAAAUGCUAAAGGAAUUGUUGAGAAUCAUCAAGAUUUAGAGGAAUUAGACUUGGACCAGAGCUUAGCCGAGGAAGCAGCUAAACUUCACAUAGACCAAGCAUUUGGUUUGGACGAGUAUAGAAAUAUAGUCCCUGCUAAAACCCAAACUGACGACCUCAUUGAACUGAUUAACAUGCAGCACGAGAAGCUGGUAAAACAAGAGGCACAGUUAAAAGAUCUGGAUGAAGCCUCUCUGGUGCCCUCCUUUCUUACACUGACUGGUUUAGAAACUGACAGAUCCCCAUAG